AUGAAGUUCUCAACAUUCAUCAUCCUCCCUCUUGCCGCCGUGGCAUCCGCACAACCACAGGGCCCUCCAUCAGAACAAGGUCCGGGAUCACCAAACAGCCCUCAGACAGCGUCCUCGCCAACGGGAGCAGGGGGUGCCCCGUCCCAGCCGACGGGCGGGCUGCUCCCAGGAGGCUCGGGGACGGGCUCGGGAUCAGGCUCGGGGGCAUCGGGCCUGCCAAGCCAAGGGGGAGCCGGCGGGCCGGGGGGAGCAGCAGCGGGAGCGGGUGGUGGCUCUCGAUCGACGGGCAGUCUCGCCGCGGGCCCGAGCGGUGGGCCGUUUCAGAGUGAGAGUAACGGUGGCAGCAACGGUGGCAGCAACGGGAGCAGCAACGGGAGCGCGCCGACGCCGACGGGCGGCCCGCAGGCGACAGGAGGCGGCGGCGGCGGCAGCAAGACGGCUAGCGGUAGCAUCAGGGCCACGAGGACUGGGUCGCCCUCUGGGGCGGGCAGUGUGUCGUCGGCGUCGGCGUCGGCGUCGGCGGUGGUGUCUGACGGCGGGGCCAGUGCGAGGACCGGUGCGUGGGCUGCUGGCAGUGGCGGGCUGGUGUCCAUUGUUGGCCUUGGGGUUACGUUUGUGCUUUUUAUGUGA